AUGGCCGCUGCGGGUGUGCCACAGUCUGAGGCUGGAAUGAAUUCUUUCUUUCCAUCGCUUGAUAUCCCAUCUACACUGACAACAAUUCCAAACUCUGAGCAACGUCCGGCUCUUCCGACAAGCUCUCACCAUGAGUUGACAAGGCACCCGUCGGCCUUUCAAUAUCCCUACCAUUCUUCAACUGUGACUAUUGGUUCGACGGCGCAACCUGAAGCUCAUGUCACGCCUUUCCGCCCAUCUCUAGACGGCCUCGAAAUUGAGCCUCAAAAACUGGAGGACUGCUACUCCUUGUACUUCAAACAUUACCAUUCAAUUAUACCGAUCUUGGAUCCACAACAAAGCUGGCGCGACUGCUUCCAAUACUCGCCAUUACUGUUCUGGACUAUCAUUGUGACUGGUUCAAGAAGAUACGGCCUUGACCCCACGUUGCUGGAAAUGCUGGCUCCGAAAAUCUCCAGCCUAGCAGCACUGGCAACAAUCAGAGCUUCUGAGUACAUUCCCACGAUUUCUGCGCUACUCCUCCUCUGUGUUUGGCCAUUACCAAUGGAAAAUGCGUCAGAUGAUCCUUCACCUGUUUAUGCAGGAGUCAUAAUGCAACUUUCUCAACAGAACGGUCUGCACAUGCUUGGUAGGAGGCAAGAUUUCUCACAGAGCCAUUUGAUCAGGGAUACCAAUAGCGACAUCUUCCUCGCCACUCUGUGGGCUUGGUGCAAACUGAUCUGCUGCUGUGUUAAUGUGUACUGCGGCUUGCACCCUCACCUUUUCGAAGAUGCCUUCGACUUGGAGCCACAGAGCAAUGAUGUCCUCGACUCUUUGAGCAGACCCGUCUUCUGGAUGCUGCAUUUUGUCGGCCUUAUGUCGAAUGCCCAUCACACUUUGAUGAGAGGAAGAUAUGGAGAAGAGGAUGUUGAGAUGCCUUACCAGCUUCUAGCCAUGAUCAAAUUUUACGACGACGAGAUCUUGAGAAUCAGGCGACAGGCUCAAGGAAAUCUUGCCGAGAUUUAUUUCAACUCUGCGAGAUUACACACAGGAGCGUAUUAUUUCUUUAUUUUCAAGCUCUCGCCUUUGAAACUCUCGCGCCUAGUUGAGUUGCACCAUGUCGCCUGUGCCUUUAUCAAAAAUAUCACGGAUCGAGAUCAAAUAGACGACUAUGCCCUCUACAUUUCCGAGCAAUAUUACAGGACCCUCACUCUCGCCGCUAUGGUGAUACUACGGAUAUGCCGUAGCACAGAACUCAACUCGACGAUCGACUAUUCGCAUGGGGAACAAUCAUAUUUCGCUGCCAUUCGCAUAUUCAAGAAGAGGGCCCUGAAGAAUAAUGACCUCAAUGCCCGCAUGGCAGCGACAUUAUCGCAAUUAUGGCGGAGUAAGCGCGUUUUCGUCCGACGUGAUGGGUCAAUGGACAGCCUAAAUGUUCGAAUUCGAACCAGAGGGGCAAUGGGAGUGGCAUACGACUGCCUCUGGUACUGGCGGCAAGAAUUCUUGGGUCAAUCCAACCCAUACUCGGAAGAGAGUAACAGUGACCACGCCCAAAGCCAGAGGCCCUCGGUCGCCAAUCCACAGGCUGUCACUUCGGCCAGCCAACCCACCACUCAACUACCCGACUUUGACACAAGCGGCUGCGCUCCUCUAGGUGUUGACGACGAUGCCUUUUUUUCCGAAUGGAACUGGUCUACUAAUGCGUUUUGGUCUGGCGAUCUAUCACAAGGGUUCGGGGAGUCGGUCAUAGGUAUGUAACUACUUUACGCUCAGAGCUGAUUAGCGAGGAGAGG